AGCGUCAUACCAGAUCGUCGUCUUCUUGCUCCGGGGAAAUCCAGACCUGCAGAUUAUUCCGACCUGCCAGUGAGCCUAGGUGAACCCACCCUGUUCCUUGAGGCAGAGUUUUCCAGCCUGCAAAUUGAGGAUGGGACAUCAGAGCCGGUCUUCGGUCUCGCCUUUCUGUACGAUGUACAUCUUCGCCGUCGGAUAUCCGAAGUUUUCCACUUUGAUACAAAUUCUGACAGACUGUUGCACCUGUUUUCUGGCAGCCGAAGUACACAACAGCUGAGUCUCCGUGACUGGCCGACACUGGCGAGGAACUGCUUGUUCAGAAUAACGCAACAGCGAUCGGUUGUUGCCUCAUCAGCAACAAGUUCGGAAGCACAAGAACCCAGACUAUCGCAUUACCCCAAUGUGGCCAUUACAGAUACAAACGGAAGUGCUUCAACCGACGCAAAUUACUUUGACUCAUCGGACAUCUUUGAAGGAUUUGCUGAUGGGAGCAACAAGCCACACGCUGCAUCGUCCCGUGAAUCUUGUUGUUCUGGUGGGAUUUUCCUCGUAGUGAGGGUGGAAAAAGUGUUGCAGCAAGGGGAUGCAGGUGACGUUGAGGAAUUAUACAACAAAGAUGACAAGACCCGUAUUGAGACAUCAAUCAAAUGGAACUGCAAACGCCUGGGACCAUAUCGUAUGCCACUGGCUUGGACUGCUAUUGAUUUGACCCCAUUAUUGCUUAAUUCUGUGAAAGCUAACUUGCAGCAUGUGGGCGUCUCAUCUGAACCCACGGUGGUUAACGGAUUUUCAGAGAACAGACAUACUUUUCGGGCUUCGAAAGCUUCAUCGUUUGAUGCGCUUCGCCGUCAACCGAGUCAAGCUUGUGUUGGGCCUCGGGACAGUUCGUUAGCAUCACCCAAGCAAACUAAAUUUCCUGUUACUUCAGCUGCUGAGAACUUGCAAAUGAGUGACAGCUGGUCGCCUCUGAUUCCCAGUUUCGAAUUACUCAUUGAAUUCUUCUAUAAACAGGAAUCAGAUCGAAUGCGGGAUGAUGACUUGGGUCGUUAUCUUUCUGAAAUUCAUCGUCAUACCCUUUCCAAUAUCCUUGUAUCACCGUUUCCCGAACAUCAUACUGCCCCAAGACCUACCAGUGUUGAGAUGGUGAAUACUAGUGCAUAUGAAACCGGCGAGCAGAUCACACCACUGACGUCCUUGCUCCAUCCAAAGUACGUUGCCUUGCGACGGCUUAGACAGUUUUCAAACCUUCAACUUCGUGUGCGACUUUCUUGUGCGGACGCACCGAACUUGGUGCGGUUACUUCGCUCCACAGGCUAUCAUGUUGGAGCCGAGCGACGCAGGACGCGAGAUCCAGAAACUGCUCGCUGCCGUCCUUUAUUGAGUCCUGAGGGCGUUCCCUAUGUCGGCCCGUUGUUUCUAAAGGUUCCAUCUGCACGUGUUGUGGCGAAAAGAUUACAUGGGCGGCAAUCCAAGACCAAAGAAGCACCACCACAGAAAACCAUGAUCCCAAUCAGGCCCAUUCGUGAAGUGCUAGAAUUAUCGUCGCACCGUUUCGCAUCAUUUGCUGAAUAUAGCCAAUCUACUUCCAUGUCUUUUAGAAACCUCCUUUAUGUCUAUCCAAAGAGUGUGGCACUCUCUCCCAGCCGUGAGUCAUCGGCACGCAAUAUCUCCAUUCGGAUUCAGCUUGUGCACACUGAGGAUUCGGUCGCUAAAAUACUUCCGUGGCUGCCAGACCGAAGGGAAGGUUCCGUGCAAGAUACAAAUGCCAUGUUGCUCGUUAGCACAUCCAAGCCAACUUCUGCCUUGGCAAAAAUCAGACCUGACCUGAAACAGAUGUCUGAAAAGUGGCUGCCAAUCCUGACCGAAGGUUCCGUGCAAGAUACAAAUGCCAUGUUGCUCGUUAGCACAUCCAAGCCAACUUCUGCCUUGGCAAAAAUCAGGCCUGACCUGAAACAGAUGUCUGAAAAGUGGCUGCCAAUCCUGACCGAAGGUUCCGUGCAAGAUACAAAUGCCAUGUUGCUCGUUAGCACAUCCAAGCCAACUUCUGCCUUGGCAAAAAUCAGGCCUGACCUGAAACAGAUGUCUGAAAAGUUCUAUAUUGAUGCUUUCCAGUGGGUUGACUCAAGUCGCGAAGUAUUUCAUUUGUGUACCACGGUUGUCUCUAGCGUCUUCCCCAAGGAUGUCAAUGUAGAAUAUAUGCUGACUGCAUGUGUUCCUUCAAAGAUCCCACAAACGCUUCAAAUUCUUGAAGUGCGCGAUAACAUUGCGCAGAUGAUGGACUGUAUACGAAACGCGUCCCUGCAACAGUUGGUUACCUUUCUGGCUCCAUUACUGGACGGAUUAUUGAGGCUAGUACUGUCCGGCUGUCUGUGUGUCACAGAUCGCGAAUCCAAAGUCUCGGCAUUUUCCGCUCUCUACAUGAUGGCCCAACUGGUAGAUCGCAUUUGCUCCUCACUUCCAGACUGGAAUGACGAAUUGGGAAGGAAUCGGUUGUUGAUUGCCUAUCUCGCCGGUCCGAGGGUUGCACUGGAGGAACUCGAAGAGAAUGUUGGUAGCUCAGAUAGCAUAGAUGCUCUUUGGUUUGUUUGCUGA